AUGGAACAUGAGGCGCCCUCCAAACGGGGUAGGCUCAUAGGGAAACUCUUUGGCAGCAAAGAGCGCAAGCCCUCCGAUACCAACAAUGCCAACAACGCCAGCAACCUCGACGCCUUCCUUCACAGCUCCGACAACUUGCAGGUGACGCAUCCUCCCCCGCCACCCCCGCCAACCACUCUGCCAAAGCUCGACACGACGAUAUCGCGAUACCCCCAAGCUGUUGCCAUUAACCAGCAAGCCCAGCUGAAUCGUCCCAUCGCCCCCGGCCGUCUCGAUCUUUCUGCCACCAAUGCCCCUCGAAGUCCACGUCCGAACAAAAAGGGUCUUUUGAUACACUUCUCCGACGCGCGGCCAGAGGUCAUAGGCGAAGGCGGAGAUGAAUGCGAAAUCCCAACCAUCGAGAUAUCUCGCGCCAAAUUGGCGCGCUCUCCUCAGCCUCCGCCUCCCCAUCCUGCUGCUGCACCUUCCCAUCGGGUGCCCAUCCCACCUACCGCCGACAUCUUCAGACCGAAGCGUCUAGCUCGAACGCAGACUGGUUACUCUUCCAUUUCCUCUCCAGAUCCGCAAAACGAGAGCAAUGGCGAUUUCGAUAACCCUGUCAAGUGGCGACAAUCGCCUCCUCCGCCUGCGACACAGCUCAGGCUGGACCUCCCCGGGAGACCUGCCACGAGCGGGCUCCUAGCAAGCCCGACGCGUGACGACAACCGAAGGUCUUUCAUUGAAGUUCAGCAGGCCGAGAUGCGUAAAGCUGAGGGACAAGCGUUUGCGAAAGCUGCGCGUAACUCGAGUGUUGCCUACGAUGGCAGUUGGGAGGACAAAACCUCGCCCGCUACUGCGCCACCUGCGUCAAUCCCCGAGUCUCCCCAAAGCUACGCACCGCAAAGGCCCCUCGACUACAGCCCGGCGGCAUCACUCACAUCGCUGGCAUCCAGCACCUAUCCACCGUCGCUGCCAUCUCCCAAUCCAACAGGGGCGCAGUCAGGUUUUGCCCAGCAAAACGAAAGUCCUACGCGGAUGGCGGCGAGAAUGGCUUCGGUACGGCUCAACGACACGAUGGGCGGCGAAGGUGCGGAAGCGCUCGACAUUUUCGUUUCCCGAACGACACAUCUGCAUGAGUUAUUCCGCCUCCAUGCUGAAACUAUCGUACCUCUUCAAAGCUGCGAACUGAGGGAUAUGGGUCGCGCCGGGCUUUGGUGGUUCCUCAAAGGCCGUUUGGGACUUGAGCAGGCCAUCAGAGACAACCAGCCCAACACGCCAGUCACGCCUAAAGCACAAAUGCAGAACGAGUUGGACAAGCAGCAGGCCUAUGCCAACUUAGCCAAAUCGUAUUGGCUCUGCCAGCACGCCAUCCCAGAAACGUCGCACACCCGCCGCCUUCCCCCUGACCCCGAGAUUCUGGCUGCAACAGAGCAACUCAUGUCGUCGCUUAAAAAGCUAGCCAUGUCCAUGAAGAGAAACGGCCUACUGCCGCCCGAGGAACCGUUUUUACCGGCAACCAUCGACAAGGCCAUUUGGCUGGAAUAUCCAGCCAUGAGCCAAGACAUGGUUGCACUGCUAUCUGGUGACUGGGGUUCGGGCAUUUCUGCCAUUCAAAAGCCGAUAUCAAACCUGCAGAUCUUGAAUGCCUUGCCGCUCAGCGAUAUGCCUGAAUUUUUCAGCUACGGCCGAGUUGCUGCCGACUGCUUCUUGAUGGAGCAGGGAAGAGAAGCUCAACGAUUCUACUUUUCUUGCUUCUUGUCUAUGCUGCGACCGCAGGCCGAGACCGGACUCGUUUUCAUUGUUGCUAGCCAAAAUGGUGUUGUUCAACUGGCUAUACAGGACAACAGGGGUGCAGGCCCAGUCUGGGAAGAUGUGCGUUGGCGCAACGACACGUGCACUCUGGAGCUGCGCCUGCCGCGUGGAUUCUUGCUUGCUGUGCAGCUAUCGCAGAAAGACUACCGCAUGUUGUGGAAUAUGUACGACUUUGGAGCCCGGGUUCGAUCGACGUUGAAACCUCGACCAGAAGAAACGGUGGUUUUUAGAAAUACGCUUCCGUCGUUCCAGUACAUUGACUCUGACCCGCAGUCGCGUGUGUUCCCCAAGGAUCCUGUGGCACAAUGCGAAGUAGCGCUGUUUGAAAGAGUGUUUAAAGAGAACGGCCCGGCCGGGCAGAGAAUUUGGCACACGGGGUUCCGCGUCGCGGCUGUAACGGGCCCACGAACGAGAACUUUGAGCGGAGUGCAGCACAACUAUCCGACGCUGCUCCCAGUGCAGUUUGGAUUCUUUCGCGAUGGCGAGGCGCCGGCGCUGUCUAUCAAAUUUGAAGGAAGCCGACAAAGGGGGCGCAUGGUGCUCACCUUCAGCGACGAGAAAGAACGAGUGCGAUUUCACUCCCUCAUUACAGGAACAGCGCUAGAAGCAGACGAACGCAUCUUUGCCAAUGUGCCACUACGCAGCCUGCAAAUAUCAGAGACGAUGCGCGACACGACGGGAAUAUUACCGUUUGGGCGUAUGCCAUGGAAAGCGGCGCAGAUUAUCAAUGACGAGUUUGGCCCGAACGGCGAGCAACCAGCGUCGGUCCUGUCAGACAAGCUCAAGAUGGUGCUGGAGUACCAGAACGGCAUGGUAACUGACCGAAUCAACGUGGCGCCGGGCGAGAUGCGGCUCCGACUGGACGUGUCGAACAAUUUGGUCUUCCGCAUGCUCCGGCAGCCGCAACAGGACAUGACAGUGUCCAUAUCAGAGGCGCAAGUUCCAAAGGAGCUCGGCGUGGAGAUGAGUCGUGGUCUGCAGAUGAUACGACAGAAGCCCACUAUACGAACGUUGGAGUUUAAUAGCCUCAGGGACCUCCACGAGUUCCAGUUCGCCGUGACGGGGUACGAGGUGAUUUUUGACGCCAUGGCGACAACGUUUGCGAUUGCCCGGCGCAGAAUGGUUGUGCCCAUCCAUAAGAAGUGGGAGGCUGGCCUGACGCGAAUCCAGGUAGUGCGACAAGAAGACAAGAAGUUGCAGCUGUUGGCGUUUUUCGAAAACUGGCAGCACGGGCACUGCAUGAACUUUGUCCUCAAGGGUACGGAUGUAUAUGAGUCGUUUCAGCGGAGCGGCAAGGCGGGGAUUAAGUUUGUGGAUGCCAAGUUUCCUCUGCCGCGGCUGCCGGAAGACAAGGAUGGUGAUUUUGACCACAUGGCGUUUGUGUGCCUGGAUAUUCCGGACCUACCGGGAGAGCACGACGACAUUUCGAUUGCGUUUGAGAAAGAACUAGAUCGCGACCGCUUGUGCCUGUGUCUGCCAGCAGCCGUCAAAGGCACGGGACGACUAUCGAUAUCACGACUCAAGUAG